CCCGUUACCAUAGCAACCGUAGUUGGUCUCGUGUUCGUAUUCUCUCAAGGCGUCCACAUUUUCGUGAAUUUGCGUUCGUUUCAACAAUUAGAAAAUGAAGAUCGAAGAAGUAAGAAGCACUGUCAAAACUCAAAGAAUUUCGGCUCACAGCCACGUGAAAGGUCUUGGUUUGGAUGAAUCUGGAAAUGCCAUAAACAUUGCUGCCGGCUUAGUCGGCCAAACUCAAGCUAGAGAAGCUGCUGGUCUAGUGGUUGAUUUAAUCAGGUCCAAACGGAUGGCUGGUAGAGCAGUACUUUUUGCAGGGCCGCCUGGAACGGGCAAAACUGCACUUGCCAUGGCUAUAGCUCAAGACUUGGGCAACAAGGUCCCCUUCUGUCCAAUGGUGGGCUCAGAAGUUUUCAGCACUGAUAAAAAAACUGAAGUUUUGAUGGAAAACUUUCGAAGGGCAAUAGGCCUCCGUAUCAAGGAAACAAAAGAAGUGUAUGAAGGAGAAAUUAUUGAACUAACUCCAGUAGAGACAGAAAAUCCCAUGGGAGGGUAUGGUAAAACAGUCAGCCAUGUUAUUAUUGGACUGAAGACAGCCAAAGGAACAAAGCAGCUGAAGCUGGAUCCAUCGAUUUACGAAUCGCUCCAAAAGGAGCGCGUAGAAAUUGGCGACGUUAUUUAUAUCGAAGCAAAUAGCGGAGCGGUUAAACGCCAAGGCCGAUCAGAUACGUACGCUACUGAAUUUGACCUUGAAGCUGAAGAAUAUGUACCGUUACCGAAAGGAGAUGUUCACAAAAAAAAAGAAAUUGUCCAAGACGUGACUCUGCAUGACUUGGACGUAGCCAAUGCCCGUCCCCAGGGAGGCCAAGAUAUCCUUUCUAUGAUGGGCCAGCUAAUGAAACCCAAAAAAACUGAAAUUACAGAUAAGCUUAGAAGAGAAAUUAACAAAGUAGUCAACAAGUACAUUGAUCAGGGAAUCGCAGAGUUAGUACCUGGUGUGCUUUUUAUCGACGAAGUUCACAUGCUGGACAUGGAAUGUUUCACAUAUCUGCAAAAGGCCCUUGAAUCAGCGAUUGCCCCUAUCGUCAUUUUCGCCACCAAUCGAGGAAUGUGCACGGUCAGGGGUACCGAUGAUGUUGUGGCACCACACGGUAUUCCUCUUGAUCUGCUAGAUCGACUUCUCAUUCUGCGAACAAUGAAAUACUCUGCCGAAGAGAUGGUUCAAAUUAUUCGCAUUCGUGCCAAGACCGAAGGACUGAGCAUUGAAGAUGAUGCUUUGCAAGCACUUGGCGAAUUGGGCAACAGGACUACUUUGAGGUACGCCGUCCAGUUACUGACACCCGGCGCCUUGACAGCCAAAGUCAAUGGUCGUUCUUCGAUCACAAAUGAGGAUAUUAAAGAAGUUGGGGGUCUAUUCCUCGAUGCUAAGUCGUCAGCAAAAAUUCUGACGCAAGAUAAAGACAAGUACAUGAAGUGAUUUACCCAAGUCAGGUCUGGUCUGUCGUUUUUUUCUUUUCGUAAUAAAAUUGCGUACCACGAAUAA